GUUGUAAACUGCAGAAAGUCUGUAGUCCUGAUGGUGAUCUGUCACAGUGGAUUUGGCAGCGCGCAGGAGAAGAGGAGAGGUUUUACGCACGAGUCCCGCUCGUGGUCAUAAGCAUCUGGAAAAGUUGUACUAGAGGAGGAACCCUGUUCUCAUGGUGGGUCCUCCAUCGCGGCGAAGUGCUGGCUGAUUGAAUGUCACCUCCAGUCAUCAUGGAACACGGACGGACCAUGGCCCCUCCGGUGCCCCCGCACAAACCCGCACCCAACCGGCCAGGGCAGGCGCAGGAGCGGCUGCUGAAGUGCAUCCUUCUCGGCGACGGAGCGGUGGGCAAAACCAGCCUGGUGGUCAGCUACACAACGAAUGGCUACCCAACCAAAUAUGUGCCUACUGCAUUUGAUGACUUCUCAGCUGUGGUUCAGGUGGAUGGAAACCCGGUUAGACUACAGUUGUGUGACACUGCAGGACAGGAUGAGUUCGACAAACUCCGCCACUUCUGCUACAGUCGGACUGAUGCCUUGCUGCUCUGCUUCAGUGUGGUCAGCCCUGCGUCCUUCCAAAAUGUCUGGGAGAAGUGGGUCCCCGAAAUCCGCCGUCGCUGCCCUCUCACGCCCAUCCUCCUCGUAGGCACGCAGUGCGACCUGCGGCAGGAUGUCAAAGUGCUGAUCGAGCUGGCGAGGCGACGGGAGAGGCCCGUGCUGGAGGAAGAUGCCAGAGCGCUGUCGGAAAAAAUUGGGGCAGUGACGUACAUUGAGUGCUCGGCGCUGACACAAAAGAAUCUGAAGGAGGUGUUUGAUGCGGCCAUUGCUGUGGGGCUGCGGCACUCUGACAGGAGAGCAAGGCGGGAGAGGAAGGUCCGCAGCACAGCCGAUAAGAUGAAGAUGCUCUCCAAGUCCUGGUGGAAGAAGUAUGUGUGUGUCCAGUAGGGGAGGGAGGAGAAGAUAUCCCUUUGACUGAUAAAACUGGAACUGCUUACUUAUUGGUGGGGACUGAGUUGGAUGUAAGGACUAUUUUUACAUUCACAAUCCAAGAUAUUGUGGCCAGAAUGACUUUAAAUGAGUGGAGCACAGAGGCAGAGUGUGCCAGGUUUUGGAUAUUUUCAGUUUGACCAGUAAAGAUCCCUUUGUUGAUGCCUAAACGACAGAGAGCAGAAGGCUAUAACCACUGUCUACUCCUCAGAGCCGUCUGAACUGUUAAAUAAGACUGUGACCAGCAUUCAACCAAACAUUAUGGAGCUAAUAAAGUAUUUUUGGCACAUGGACUGCAUGUCAUACUGCAUGUGCGCAAAAGAAAUGUGAGCUGUGAGGUGUUCAGACGGUGAUGUUGCGUACUAAAAGUAUAGUCCUCUUAUGUGUCUGAUUUGAUAACCGUCUUUAACAAAGUAUAACAUUUUAUGUGCUACACUGUAAUUCAGCCCUCCACUUUUGAUAGAUCCUUUUUAUUUCACUGAAAUCAGAACAUGGAGUUAAUAUACUUAAAUCCCCAAACAAAGAUACAGUAAUUCUUCUGUUGACAGUGAAACCUUGCACCUUGUUUCCUAAAUCAGAAGCAUCUACAACUCCCAGCAACAACUUGUUAAGAGUCAGAUGUGUAAAUGAUCACAUUUGUUUUAACUCAUUCUCUUUUGGAUUACAAUCAAAUGUAAAUGAGUAUGAAUAUUUUUUAAAUCUGUGACUUCUAGGGGAUGUUGAGUUGUGGUUUGAAGAUGUUGUAGUCAAGCCAUUUCAGUUCUGUCUAACUGCGAGCUUGUGGAGGGAUUACUCUACACCAGCUUGAGUAUGUGCCACAUUUUGAAGUGUUGAUACAGCUGUCGCACUGUUAGUUGACCACACAGUUAGAGGUCUGUAAGAUCUUCACCAAUGCACGCCUACUAACAUUAACAGAGUAAACCAAAUGCCUGUUGAUGCCGAUUGCCCAGCACAUGCCUGCUGUAGGUUUUUGUAGGUUAAGAAGUUUCAGUUGUUCACUUUGACUGAAAAGCUUUAACUGAAGGGUUACACUUGUGUAACUUCACUGUUACAAGGUUGCAGCAAUAAGUUGGGAGGUGCCACUGUACAUUGCACUUAACACACACAGUCUGUCCACAUCACUGAAGUCUUGCCUUGCAAUGGCCUUUGGACCAGUGGUGUGAAUUAGAUAUAGAGCAGUGCUUGAGAUGUAGGUUUACUGAACAGAAGUUGCUCAUCUGCAUGUUCCCUGCAUUACGCACUGGUUUGGAUGAUCACUUUCUUUGUCAUUGUAGUCAGGGCCUUAAACAGAUCAUUAUCCGCCUGUGUCUAGUAUAUUGGAGCUCUCUCCUCUUUUAAAAUGAUACAGUAAAUUCGGUGAAAUCACCAGAGAGACUGAUUCUAUGUUUGCUUCUUAUUUUUCAGAAGCCUGUCAUUCAGCUCUGUCUAUUUGUCUGUUCCCUCUGGGCCAAUAACUGAUCAACAGCAAUACAGAGCAGAUGUAUGAGAUAUUGUAUGUCAUUAUGUAUGUUACAUAGUAAUCAUUUAUGAUGUUUGUAAUGUCAUCAGGAUAAAUCUGUGUGUGCAUAUAUAAGUGACUCAGUCAUUGGCUGUGCUGUCCAACUCUAAAUGGUACUUAACAGUAUGAGUGUUUCAGUUGGUAUCUGUUUUUUGUUAGUUUUUUUGCAUGAAAGCAGUUUGUUGAGCUGUACGAGCGGAACAAAAUAAAAUGUGAAAUAUUUAA